AUGGCUUGGGUGAGAAGAUAUCUGAGACUUCCGCAGGAAUUACGCCCCUCGGAAGUUUUCAAACAGGAUUCACUCUCGCCGCUCAAAAUUACGGUACAGAUUGUUCUUUUACAACUGUUCUAUUACGCCACUGGAUAUGUUUUGUUCUACGGAUGGUCCAGACUGGGUGGUUAUGAUGUACCGAUAGGUCAGUGGCUGUUCUCAUGGGAGGCGAUUGACUUUUCCAACUCGCUUGGUUUGACGUUGUCAGUGCUAUGGCUCCUGGACUCGCUUAUAUGCGUUUUGUUUUUGACAGUAAUAGUGGGCCGUAGCAAGCUGGCUUGGGAUUUCGGCAUCACCAUACAUGCUGUGAACUUGCUAAUAGUGUGGAUCAAGACAGGUAGGUGGCCUAGUCUGUCGUGGUUUGUAGUUCAGCUGCUGUCAUCGCUUAUCCUCGUGUUCUUGGGUACGUGGUCUUCACGGUGGAGAGAGCUGAGAGAUACUUUUUUUGACGGACUUGUCGACCCGCAAACAGUCGAAUCUGUAGCCCCGGCUAAGUCCGGUUCUGAACAUACCCUCCAAGACGGCCUCGAGAUGAAGGAUUUGGAGGCUCAAAAGUGA